ACAAAAUACAAAUAAUUGCUUUGUUUAAUACAUUGUGGCGAUUAUUGCGCCUACUCAUAAUUAGAUUAUAUGUCUCAAAUUAAUCGUAUUUUUAACAGUUGGUAUGUCAUCAUCUUAAAUUUUUAAUCAAUAUAAUACUUCUUUAGUGAAGCUUUAAACAUGAAAAUGAAUAUGAGACCGUAACUACUUGCGGUGCUCAGGAAAAAGACGCUGAAGACUUGUCCGGGGAAACGAAAUGCAUGCAUUGCACGCACGCAUCCAUGACAGGAGCCACAGGUUUCCCUAUAAAUACCGGCCAAGAGGAGAAGCAGCAGAGCACAACACUCUCAGAGUCACAAGCUGAAGCACACGUACACCUAAGAACGAGAGCUGGAUCGCACACUCGCCCGCACCUUUACACGUACGCACGCAGUGCACCACUUCCUACCUGACACAUCCAACAAUCGUCGUCGUCACACAACAGUACGUACUCUGACGGAGCUAGCAGUGAUGAGCAGUUGGCCGGCGAUGGCGGCAGCAGCAGGUUGGACUCGGAUCAGGUUCCUGCUGGACGCGGCGGCGCGCGGCGUGCAGGAGCACGCGCGCCUGUCGGACCUGGCCGUGGCCGCGGCGGUGCUCUUCGCGUGCAGCGCGGCCCUGGCGCGGCUCCGGGCCCGUGGAGGCCCCAUGGUGUGGCCGGUCCUGGGCAUCAUCCCGACGCUCUUCGCGCACCUGGACGACAUCUACGACUGGGGCGCCGGGGCGCUGGCCCGGUCCGGCGGCACGUUCCCGUACCGCGGCAUGUGGGGCGGGGGCUCCUCGGGCGUCAUCACCUCCGUACCCGCCAACGUCGAGCACGUCCUCAAGACCAACUUCGCCAACUACCCCAAGGGCCCCUACUACCGCGAGCGGUUCGUGGAGCUCCUGGGCGACGGCAUCUUCAACGCCGACGGCGACGCCUGGCGCGCCCAGCGCCGGGCCGCCACGGCCGAGAUGCACUCGGCCCAGUUCCUCGACUUCUCGGCCCGGACCAUCCAGGAGCUUGUGCACGGCCGCCUCAUGCCGCUGCUCCACCGCCUCAGCUGCCAAGGUGGCGUCGUGGACCUCCAGGAGGUUCUGCUACGCUUCACCUUCGACAACAUCUGCGCCGCGGCGUUCGGGACGGACGCCGGCUGCCUGGCCGAGGGGCUCCCCGACGUGCCGUUCGCCCGGGCCUUCGAGCGCGCCACGGAGCUCUCGCUCUCGCGGUUCGUCACGCCGCCUUUCAUAUGGAAGGCCAAGCGCGCGCUCCGCGUGGGCGGGGAGCGCGCGCUCGUGGACGCCGCGGGCUCCGUGCGGGACUUCGCGGAGAAAACCGUCUCCGAGCGCCGCACGGAGCUCCGCAAGCUCGGGUCGCUCCACGGCCGCAGCGACCUCCUCUCCCGCCUCCUCAUGUACGAGGACCAGUCCUGCUCGGACGAGUUCCUCCGGGACUUCUGCAUCAGCUUCAUCCUGGCCGGCCGCGACACCAGCUCCGUCGCCCUCGUCUGGUUCUUCUACCUCCUCACGCUCCACCCGGACGUCGAGUCCCGCGUCCUCGCCGACAUACGCGCCGCAAAUAAGGGGGACAACAACACCAACGACAUGCACUACCUCCACGCGGCGCUGACGGAGUCCAUGCGGCUGUACCCGCCGGUGCCGGUGGACUUCAAGGAGGCGCUCCAGGACGACGUGCUCCCGGACGGCACCUACGUGCGCGCGCGGCAGCGGGUGAUCUACAACGCGUACGCCAUCGGCCGUGACCCCGGCGCCUGGGGCCACGACUGCCUGGAGUUCAGGCCCGAGCGGUGGCUCAACAAGCGCGGGGCAUUCGCGGGCCGCGCCGAGAGCGCCUUCAAGUACGUCGUGUUCAACGCCGGGCCGAGGCUCUGCGUCGGGAAACGGUUCGCGUACACGCAGAUGAAGACGCUGGCGGCGGCCGUGCUGGGGGCGUUCUCCCUGGAGGUGGUGCCCGGGCAGGUGGUCAAGCCCAAGCUCAACACCACGCUCUACAUGAAGAACGGGCUCAUGGUGAGGUUCGGGAGGAGGCAGCCGGAGCAGCAGAACGUCCACUACAGCACGACUGUGGCUGCUGCUGCUGAAGAAUGAUGGAAAAGAUCACCACGGCCCCUGCUUCGACCAAAACCAAAAGUACACUUGAAAGGAAUGUGCUACAAGAUCUCUGAAUGUUAGGUUUCAGUUACCGUGCAAACAAGGGGAUCAAGACGCGCGAGACAAGUGCUAUAUAUUGCCUGUGCUUUAUGUAUCUCUGUUUCUGGGCUGUCUGUGUGCUUUUCGUGCUUCCCCUCUAAUAGUAUGUACCUAAGUGCAUGUAAAAGAUUAGUCUGUACCUACGUGCAUGUGUAAAAGAUUAAAAAUAUCCGAUAUCCAAUUGUAUACUGCAAUAUAGGUUUAUCCGCUGCGAUGGCGCAAUCACGGUGAAAGAAGUUCGACCAA